UAUCCCAAACCGGAAACACAUUAGCCUCGGUCGUUGUGUUUCUAACCUUCGUAAACGUAAAACGUUCCUUUAACACCGGGCUCUAUUUUUAUAUUUCCUUGUUUCAUUGGUAACUAAAACCAAGGUUUUAAAAUGGGGGGUGGAGAUUUGAACUUGAAGAAGAGCUGGCACCCCCAGACGAUGAAAAACAUCGAGCGUGUCUGGAAAGCCGAGCAAAAACACGAAUCAGAACGUAAGAAAAUCGAGGAGCUUCAGAAGGAGCUGAAGGAGGAACGAGCCCGUGAAGAGAUGACGAGAUACGCUGAGGAAAGCGGUGCCAUCAAAAAAAAGGAUGAUCGUCUAGACUGGAUGUACCAGGGCCCUUCUAGUCAGGUGUCCAGAGAUGAGUAUCUCAUGGGACGUCCCAUUGACAAGCAGAUCACUGAUCAAUAUGAGGAGCCUGAAAGUGGUCCAUCAGCAGAGACCGGACUUCUGCCUGGCUCCAUCUUCAGCCCCGUCACCGCUACCUCCAGCCUGGACAUGGCCGCCAAGAUCCGGGAAGACCCUCUGUUUGAAAUUAGGAAACGUGAGGAAGAAAAGAAGAGAGAGGUCUUGACGAAUCCAGUGAAAAUGAGAAAAAUUAAAGAAAUGCUGCGCCAGAAUCUUGACAAGAAAGACAAAAAGAAGAGGAGGAAGAAGGAAAAGAAAGCAGACAAAGAGAGAAGAAAGGAGAAGAAACACAAGAGAAGCUCAAGUUUGAGUUCAGAUGAAAAAGACAACAAAAAAGACAGGUCACGCUCACGAGAUGGAACCUCCUCUCACAACAAAUCUUAUUCCCAUCAUCUGCCAGGUUAUGGCCUCCUGCUCCCUGCAGGCAAACAACACAAGUCCUUUGCUUUGAAUCACUCACGACGCCAUGAGAGGAGUCGAAGCCGAUCUCCUGCAAGAAAAAACGGGGAAAUUCACUCCUCUUCCUCACACCGACGCGACAGGAAGGUGGAGGUCAAAGCUCAUAGCCCAGAGAGAGAGCGUUACCAAAGGCAGCGGAAUCAUGUGUCAAAGAAGCUCUCUGCAGAGGAGCUGGAGCGGAGGAGAAAGGAGAUGAUGGACCAGGCCAAGCAGAGAGAUGAGGACAGGGAGAAUAAUGUGAGAAGAUACAGGAAGGAAGAUGAGCAGGAAAAACAGCGGGAACAAAAGUCCAAGCAUGACCGCCAUGCUGGCUUUAUCCAUGACAUGAAGUUGGAGAGUGCUGCCACGUCUUCAUUAGAGGACAGAGUGAAGAGGAAUAUCCACUCCAUUCAGAGGACACCAGCUUCAUUGGACAACUUCAUGAAGAGAUGAACAUGAACAAUAUACUGUACAUAAUAUACUGAUUCAAAAAAGUGAAACUGGCAGCAGGAACGGGCCACCGUACUUUGUUAAUUAAAGUACGGUACUUCGAAGAGGAGUUGAUGGUGUGGGAGAUGAACCAGAAGGCGACAUCCAUGUAAAAAUCAAUUUUCAAUUCUGUCCAGAUAAAAUAAUUUUAGAGAAAACCUUUGCCACUGUGUAAACAUUGAAAACUAUUUUUCCUUCCAUUUUUCUCAUCAAAUUGGACUUUUGAUGCGUUUAUUAUAAAUGUUAUCAUACGCUCCAAGCAAACAAACUAGGUUAAAAUGUUAUUUACAGAAGUCAUUUUGAUGAUAAACCUGUGUUGCUUGCGCUCUCAAUAAAUGUACAACUUGCCCAAA